AUGGCGGCCAGCAGGAGGCUGAUGAAGGAGUUUGAAGAAAUUCGCAAAUGUGGAAUGAAAAACUUCCGUAACAUCCAGGUUGAUGAAGCUAAUUUAUUGACUUGGCAAGGGCUUUUUGUUCCUGACAACCCUCCAUAUGAUAAGGGGGCCUUCAGAAUCGAAGUCAACUUUCCAGCAGAGUACCCAUUCAAACCACCGAAGAUCACAUUUAAAACAAAGAUCUAUCACCCGAACAUCAAUGAAAAGGGGCAGGUCUGUCUGCCAAUAAUUAGUGCUGAAAACUGGAAGCCAGCAACCAAAACCGACCAAGUAAUCCAGUCCCUCAUAGCACUGGUGAACCACCCCCAGCCUGAGCACCCACUUCCGGCUGACCUAGCUGAAGAAUACUCUAAGGACUGUAAAAAAUUCUUUAACAACGCUGAAGAGUUUACAAAGAAAUACGGGGAGAAGCGACCUGUGAACUAA